AUAAUCAUUUAAAGAUUACGUGCUCCUUCUACAUAUACUUUUCCAUUUAACUCCAAGACAUGGCUAUUCUGGAUCAUCACCGCCCAUGGCUCUUUGUGUUUGGAGUCUUAGGAAACAUCAUAUCCCUCUUAGUAUUUCUCGCACCACUGUCAACAUUCAUCCGAAUAUGGAAAGCGAAAUCAACGAUGGGGUUUCAUUCGGUGCCAUAUAUUGUAGCACUUUUUUCCUCAUUGCUUUGGAUAUACUAUGCUUAUAUCAAGAAGAAUGCAAUCCUUCUCAUCUCCAUCAAUUCUUUGGGAAUCCUCAUUGAGACCAUUUAUGUCCUCCUUUUCCUUAUCUUCGCCUCAAAGAAAGCCAGGCGGCAUACGUUGACGGAGUUGUUCGUGUCCAUCGGAGGGUUCACCUUGAUUUUUGUGGUCUCGUGGUUUUCGUUCUCCGGCGAAGUUCGGAUUAGCUUGGUUGGCUGGAUUUGUGUUUCCGUUUCUACGGCGGUUUUUGCUGCACCCCUUAGCGUUGUGUUUCAAGUAAUUCGAACCAAGAGUGUAGAAUUCUUGCCUUUCUACUUGUCUUUCUUCCUCACGACGAGUGCAAUUAUGUGGUUCGGUUAUGGUGUAAUGAUGAAGGACUUGCGCAUUGCGUUGCCAAAUAUUUUGGGAUUCUUCUUGGGAUUGCUCCAAAUUUUGUUGUACCUGGUGUACCGAACAGCAAAGCCUGCUAUAGUCAUCGAGGAGGAGGAGCCCAAAAAAAUGUCGCAAGACCACGUGGUGGUGGGCAUUGAAUUGCAACAAGACACAACGUCUAGUCAGACAAUUCACCCUGUGGAUUCAGACACAUGUUCCAAUAGCAGUGUUACAAGCAAGUGAGAGAGAGAGUGCAUGUGAAAAAACAAACAAACAAACACGGUUUUUUGGGAAGGCUUCUCAUAAGCCGCUGCUAUUCUGACACUUGGCAGCAAAUAAAUGGACGAUAGGUUCGGUCCGGAUCGAGAUUAGAAGAGAUGCUCAGAUGUAUGUGUAGCGUUUCUGUUAGUAUUACUAGUAAACUCACCCGUGCGAUGCACGAUCUGAGAAAUUUCCUUCAAAAUUGUUUGUGCUAACUAAUUCAAAUUACACUAUCAAUGGGUGAGAGCAUCUAUCUUCAUGGAAUAUUGAUAUAAUUUCAAGUAAUAAACAAAA